AUGGCGGAACUAGGUGACGGCAAGAACCAGGUACCCGUGCCCAAACACACUGAUUCGGGAUCUUCAGAUGCGGAUUCCAGGGACAUUGAGGAGCCAUACGGAGAUAAUGGCGACAACCAUGUCUUCAGUGAUCCCGUUGUUGCAGAGCAUUGGCGAGAAGUCUAUGAGCGAAACAAAUACGAGAACCGACAUCGAUUUGAUCCAAACUACAAGUGGACAUCUGAAGAGGAGGAGCGCCUCGUCCGUAAACUCGAUUUCAGGAUUACGUUCUGGGCUUGGCUGAUGUUUUGCGCACUGGACUUGAACAGGAAAAAUAUCAAUCGCGCUAUCUCCGACAACAUGUUGGAAGAAUUGAACAUGACCACUAAUGACUUCAAUUAUGGACAAACGAUAUUCCUCGCUUCGUUCCUUGCAGCGGAGCUUCCGAGUGGCCUCAUUAGUAAGGCAAUCGGCGCCGAUCGAUGGAUUCCUUUCAUCAUCUGCGCGUGGUCAAUUGUCAGCGCAUCUCAGGCAGCAAUGAAGUCAAAAGCGGUAUACUAUGUAAUCCGUGGAUUGCUAGGAUUAGCAAUGGGUGGCUUUAUCCCCGACAUCGUGCUAUGGCUUACUUACUACUUCAAAUCCAAUGAACUCCCGAAGCGUCUGGCUUUCUUCUGGACCGCUCUUAGUACUUGCCAAAUUGCUGGAUCAUUGAUUGCAGCUGGUGUCCUGCAAAUGCGAGGAAUCAACGGCUGGUCAGGGUGGCAAUAUUUGUUUCUUAUCGAGGGCGUCAUCACCUGCUUCAUUGGUUUGCUGUCCUGGGGUUUAAUGCCUCCUGGUCCCACUCAAACGAAGCACUGGUUCCGAGGCAAGAACGGAUGGUUCACUGAUCAUGAGGAAUACAUUCUCGUCAACAGAGUCCUCCGUGAUGACCCUUCCAAAGGUGACAUGAACAACCGUCAAGCCGUUGGCAUCGGCCAUCUUUUGAAAUCCUGCUUCGAUUGGGAACAGUGGCCGCUCUACAUUAUUGGCUUGACGGCAUACAUUCCUCCUGCUCCGCCGAACACAUAUCUCUCGUACAUCCUGCGACAGCUCGGCUUUUCCGUCUUUAAAGCCAACUUGCUCACCAUUCCGUCGCAAUUCCUGUUUGCCGUGCAACUGCUCAUCCUUACCUGGCUUUCCGAGAGAGUAAAGGAGCGAGCCAUCAUCAGCAGUAUUAGUAACAUCUGGAUUUUCCCGUGGCUGGUUGGCUUAGUAACUUUGCCUGCAAGCGCCAGUCCUUGGAUUCGAUACGCACUGCUUACUGGACUCCUAAGCUAUCCAUAUUGCCACGCUAUCCUUGUGGGCUGGAACGCCAAGAACAGCAAUGCAGUCCGGACCCGCGCUGUUUCUGCUGCUCUUUACAACAUGUUUGUCCAAUCAGGAAACAUCAUCGCAACGAACAUCUACCGCGAUGAUGAUAAGCCACUGUAUCGACGCGGCAACAAGAUAUUGCUUGCGAUUUGCUCCUUCAACAUCAUUUUGUUCUACUUGGUGAAGCUAUUCUACAUCUGGAGGAACAAAGUCCGAGACAGGAAAUGGAAUGCGAUGACAAAGGAGGAGCAGCAAGAUUAUUUGUUAUCGACAAAAGAUGAGGGUAUGAAGAGGUUGGAUUUCAGAUUCGCACAUUGA